AUGGCUACUAACGAGUUGACGAUGCCCUACAAACGCUAUAUUCGAUGUGGGAACCAUCAGCAGACAACUUUACGACAUGAGAACCUCGCCUCUGGGCCAGUUCAUGGUUUCUACUUGCUGCGACUUGGAAUGUUACGACUUCGAUUCAUUCCUCACCAAAGCAUGCAGAUGGAGGAAAACGAGAAGAACACGUGCAGUUGGGAUGGCGACGAGAUUGACUUCAUUCGAAUGAAAGGAUCGUGGGGCCAAUCCGAAGGCGACACGAUAUUUGGGAAAUCUGAUCAGGCC